AUGUCGUACACGUUCCGUGGUGUCUUUACAAAUGUCGGAGACAAGUCCCUCGUGUUGACAUUGAAGGACCACAAAGUUACUGUGGCCAAGUUUGUCGAAGGCGAUAAAUGCCAGACGUGGGAGAUAACAUUUAUAGGAGACAAAGCGGAGGCGCCGUUGCUGAACAAGGGUUCAGGCAAAUACAUCGGAUGGGACACGAGCUUCACUGAGGCACUCAGUGUCUCAGAUGACCCAACUUAUUUGUGGCAGUAUGGUCCUGGAGUAGCGGAUCUGGUUGGCGGGAAAUUCCAUUUCCGGCCCAUAGCUCUCACAGUCGGCCCCGAGGUCUACUCCUUGGUCAUCAAUAAGACGAAAAAGACUCUCGAAUUCGUCAAGAGACAGCCCAUUGAUGACUAUGCGGAGUGGACGUUGUCUUACACCGCAAGAAUGAUGGAGAUUCCCGAGGCUGUCCGAAUUGUUGUUGUGCCAUGA